AUGACGAAAUCGAUAGAUUUGACUUCGUGGCAGCAGUUUCACACCAAAAGCCAAGGCGUUGACUUCGUUUGGGUAUUCUUCACAACAUACAUUGGCACAAACCAUGUCCGCAUAGUUCCGAUAGAUGUAUUCAAGCGAUUGCUGGAGGAUAACCAAGGAAUUUCGAUUCCAAAAGUCAUCCUUCACGUUCUCCCUCGCGAUAAUGUGGCGGAUGGUGGAACUUUGACAGGGUCAUUCUAUCUACGGCCUGAUGCGAGAUCGUUUUCACCAUACUUGGAUUCAAACAAGGCAAUUGUCAUGGCCUCGUGGACCGAUGAGGACCGAGUACCCCUAGGAGAAUGCGCACGCUCCAAGUUGGAGUUACUGGCACGGCUGAUCGAGCAGAAGUCAAACUGCUGGGUCCUGGUCGGAUUCGAGCUGGAGUUCUCUCUCCUAAAGCAACGAACACUUCCAAACGGAGAAGUCGAGUACGAAACCGUGAAUAUGAAUCAUGGAUGGUGCAGCAUGACUGAGGAAGAUGAAACUCUCUUAGGUCUUCUAGAGGAGGCGGUCAUGGCCCUGAAAAGCAUGGGAAUCAUGGUGGAGCAGUUCCAUGCGGAAUUGGCCCCUGGACAAUGGGAAUUUGUCCUUCCGCCGGACUCGCCUCUCAAAGCGAUAGACACGCUGGUUUUUGCGCGGCAGGUUAUCAUGAAAAUUGCCAACAAGCACGGAUAUAGAGCGACGCUUUAUCCGCGCUUAUCGCCUGAACAGCCGGGGACUGGAGCCCAUGUUCACAUAUCGCUUAAUUCCGAGUCAGCCGAGUUAUCAACGAUAGAGUCUUUCUUCGCUGGAAUCCUGGAUAAUUUCACUUCCAUUUCUGCCUUUGCACUUCCCCAGGAAGUCAGCUACGAGCGGGUGGUUGGAGGCAUCGGGAGUGGGGGUGACUAUGUGUGUUGGGGAUGGGAAAACCGAGAGACGAUCUUGCGGCGAAUUUCUAGCAACCGUUUUGAAGUGAAGAUGAUGGACGGGCUGGCCAAUUCUUACUUGGCACUUUGUGCAUUGCUUGCGGCGGGACUAGAUGGUUUACUUAAAGGCUCCGUUCUGAGAGCAGGCCCUUGUCCUACUGAGCCAAAUAAAAUGUCGGACGAGGAACUGGCUGCUCUGGGCAUCAAGAAUAAGAUGCCUUCUGGGUUGAUGGGGAGUAUCGAGAGCUUGGAGGCAAACGAAGACCUCAAGACCAUCCUGGGUGAUGCUAUUGUGUCGACGUAUCUUACGGUCAAGAGAUGCGAGUUAAAGGUUGUGCAGCAGAUGACUUCCGAAGAGAAACGUGCGUGGUUCAUUUCGAGAUUUUGA